UAAAUUGGUAAUUGAAAUUCGGCACGAUAGGUGGUUCAGCUUCACUCGGAUAGCAGAAGAAGAAAAAACUCGCCUGUCAAUCAGUUUGACGCCGGGACACCGUUGCCCUUGUUGGUCCAUAAUCGGCAAGGAUGGAAUACGUGAGCCCUGAAGGACUCCGACUAGAUGGUCGACGCUCCAUGGAAAUGAGGCAACUUCGAGCACAGAUCGGUGCCGUUGCCAAAGCAGAUGGUUCUGCAGUUUUUGAGAUGGGUAACACUAAAGUAAUUGCUGCAGUUUAUGGGCCAAGAGAGGUCCAAAAUAGGAAUCAACAGAUUAGUGACCAGGCAUUGGUGCGCUGUGAGUACAGCAUGGCUAAUUUUAGUACUGGAGAUCGCAUGAGGAAACCUAAGGGUGAUAGGCGAUCAACAGAAAUUUCUCUAGUUAUUCGCCAGACAAUGGAAGCAUGCAUAUUGACACACUUGAUGCCUCGUUCUCAGAUAGAUAUUUAUGUACAAGUUCUUCAAGCAGAUGGAGGAACUAGAUCUGCAUGUAUCAAUGCUGCUACUUUGGCUCUAGCAGAUGCCGGAAUCCCCAUGCGUGAUCUUGUUACUUCUUGUAGUGCUGGAUACCUCAAUAGCACUCCUCUGCUUGAUUUGAACUAUGUUGAAGACAGUGCAGGAGGUCCAGAUAUUACAGUUGGAAUUUUACCUAAGUUGGACAAAGUGACACUUCUUCAGAUGGAUGCAAAGUUGCCAGUUGAUAUCUUUGAAAAUGUUAUGCAACUUGCUAUUGAAGGCUGCAAGGCAAUAGCAAAUUACAUUGGUGAAGUGUUGCUGGAGAAUACCAAGCAACUGGAAUACCGAAGAGGCUUAUAGUUUAUUAUUGGGUUAAGAAUUCAAAACCUCAUGCUUAAACUUGACAACAUCCACAACUGAGGGUUGACAAUUUCUACAUUUCUUAAGUGUUGAUUGUCAGAAAUGUUCAUAACCAAGGCGAGGCUUCAUUUUGCUGUGUUUUCUUGGGUUCCUUUAAUAUUUCAUAUUUUUCUUAAUUAGUAUAUAUGCAGCACAAAAUGUUAAUUUAUGGUGAAGUGGUUAUUCAGAAAUUUUAAUUUAUGGUGAAGUGGUUAUUCAGAAAUUUCUAAUUUUCUAGUAAAUGUACUUCAAAUUGUUUUGAAUUGAAUGAUCAUUCCCAAUGUUAUUGUUAA